AUGUCGACGGCGACCCCCACGCCCAACGUCGUCGACGGCGACUGCGGCGGCACCCCGCCGUCACGGUCAGCCUCCACCAUCAUCGCGGCACGAACCCUCCAUGUGCUCACGAUUCAUGGCUACUCCGACACCUUGAAAUCCAACGUCGACCCUAGCCAGCACCUGCUCCUUUCCUCUCCGUUCAGCGCUGGAGGACACACCUGGUGCAUCCGCUACUGCCCAAUCGGGUGCACUGAGGAAAGCAAGGACUUCAUCUCCAUCUACCUCGUUCUCGAGGACACCAUCACCGACGUAGUAUCGGCACAGGUUACGUUCAGCUUGCUCGACCAACAGGGGAACCCGAUGCCAUCUCACACCCUCACAACCCCACUGCUUAAAUUCUCUCUUCAAGGCACUCUACCUAAGGCCCUGGGGUAUAACAGCUUCAUCAGAAGAGACGACUUAGAGCGAUCUGGACAUCUCAAGGACGAUUGCUUUGCCAUUGGGGUCCAUGUGGUUGUCACCAAGGAAGCAGAACCGUCAUCCAUCACCGUGCCACCAUCGGACAUGCACCUGCAUUAUGGCGAUCUUCUCUCGAGUGAAGAACGGUACGCCACCGAUGUUGAGUUCCUAGUUGGCGGCGAGACCUUCACCGCGCAUCGAUUGGUGCUCGCAGCACGAUCACCUGUCUUCAUGGUGGAGCUUUUUGGGCCGAUGAAGGAGGGUACUACUGUAAACAAGAUACAUAUAUUUGAUAUGGAGGCGCAAGUAUUCAGGGCUUUACUUAAGUUUAUCUACACAGACAUGUUGCCGGAGAUGGAUCAAGAAGAUGAGACCGCAAUGGUUCAACAUCUACUUGUUGCAGCGGAUAAGUAUGGCUUGCAUAGGCUGAAGAUGAUCUGUGUAGAAAUAUUAAGUAACCAUAUUGAUGCCUACUCCGUGGCAACCAUCUUGGUGCUAGCUGAGAAGCACUAUUGCUAUGGUCUCAAGGAGGCAUGCUUUGAGUUCCUUAACUCCUCAGCAAUAUUGUCCGCGAUUGUAAAUACAAGUGACUUUCUGUAUUUGAUCCAAAGCUGCCCUGAUGUUUUGGAGGACAUAAGUUUCAACAUCGUUGCUCGUCAAUUGGAGAGAGCAAUUUUCCUAUCAGAAAACCAAGAAGGCCAAAUCAACAGCGUAGAAAUCAGAAUUAAUUCGGUCAUGACAAAUUGA